UAGAAGAGACGGACUUUACCUGGAGGUACAGGUUGAGAUAUGAGGCUUCACUCUUGGCCAUGGGCUUCCAGUGCCUUACCACUCCUACUGUAUCUGGCUCAUUGUGUGGCAGCAGUGGAGAGACAUUACUACAUUGCUGCAGUUAACAUUAACUGGGAUUACACAGCUAAUGGAAAUCAGAGACAUGGAUCCACCUAUAAAAAGACAGUUUACAGGGCGUACGAUGAGGGUUUCAAACAUGCUAAGACUCAUCCCUCAUGGUUAGGGCUGCUAGGACCACCACUCCAUGGCCAGGAAGGUGAAACGAUUGUUGUCACAUUCAAGAACAUGGCAGAUCGUCCUUGUAGCAUCCAUCCGCAUGGCAUCACUUAUGGAAAACAGUCAGAAGGGUCCUUGUACUUUGACAACACCUCCGAGUUUGAGAAAGAAGAUGAUGUCAUUUCUCCUGGCAAUGAGCACACAUAUUACUGGGAUGUGACUCCAGAAGUGGCCCCUAAAGCUACAGACCCCCACUGCAUCACCUACAUGUAUUCCUCGCACUAUGACAUCAUCAAGGACUAUAACACAGGACUGAUUGGUACACUGUUGAUCUGUAAGAAAGAUAGCCUUGAUGACUCUGGAAAGCAACACAAUUUCCAUCAGGAAUUCAUGCUCUUGUUUGGGGUGUUUGAUGAAAAUAAUGGCUGGUACAGCAAAGGAGGUCCACCGCUUGAUGAGAACGUGAAAUACACCAUAAAUGGCUACACAAAUGGCUCUAUCCCUGGUUUGAGUGUGUGUGCCCAUUCUGAAGUGAACUGGAACCUACUGGGUAUGAGCUCUGAACAAGAGCUCUUCUCUGUGCACUUUAAUGGGCAGGUGCUUCAGCGGGGGGGGCACAAGGUGUCCUCGGUUGGCCUUAUCAGUGGUACUGCCACCAGCGCAGAGAUGAUUGCGGUCCAUCCUGGCCGCUGGCUCCUGUCAUCCUUCAUCAGCAAGCACUUGGAGUUUGGAAUGCAUGGCUUCCUAACUGUUAACAAAUGUAAGGAGUUUACUGCCCCAAAGCGAAGAAUCACCAUCGUGCAGUCACGCGAGAGCCAGGAGUGGACAUACUACAUAGCGGCAGAAGAGGAGGUGUGGGAUUACGCACCAAAUUUGCCUGAGAAUGUAGACAAGCAUUUCCGGGCCGCAUUCUUGAAACAGAGCGCAGAACGGAUAGGUAAGAAAUAUAAGAAGGCACUGUUCACCCAGUAUAAGGAUGCGUUAUUCAAAGAAAGGGCUGAACACAAGCAGAGGAAGAAGGAACUUGGAAUUCUUGGUCCUGUUAUCAGAGCACAGAUUAGAGACAUAAUCAAGAUUGUGUUCAAAAACAAAGCCUCACGUCCAUACAGCAUCUAUCCUCAUGGACUGACCAUUGAUAAAGCUGCUGAGGGAGCCAAUUACCCUGAGGGAGGUAAUCAGAGCCAUGCCGUACAACCAGGAGAGACGUACACGUAUGUGUGGCGAGUGGUUGAGGAGGAUGAGCCCCUGGAGCGUGACGCUAGGUGUCUAACCAGGAUGUACCACAGCGCAGUGAACACUCCAAAGGACAUUGCGUCUGGUCUCAUAGGCCCCCUCCUCAUCUGUAAGAGUCAGUCUCUCAACACCAAGAACGUCCAGCUCAGGGCUGAUAAGGAGCAGCAUGCCACGUUUGCCAUAUUCGAUGAGAACAAGAGUUGGUAUCUGGCCGAGAACAUUAACACAUACUGUGAAGAGCCCGCAAAAGUAAAACCAGAUGACCCAGAGUUCUAUAAAUCAAACAUCAUGCACACAAUCAAUGGUUAUGUGUAUGAAAGUGGCCAAGUCCUGGGAUUUUGCAAUGGCGAAAUUGUGACUUGGCAUGUGUCGAGUGUUGGCAACCAAGACGACAUCCAGACUGCUACUUUUUAUGGCCACACAUUUGAACUGAACAACAGAGAAGAGGACAUCCUUAGUUUGUUUCCCAUGACAGGAGAGACCAUUACCAUGGGCAUGGCUAAUGAUGGAAUCUGGCUACUGGCAUCACUAAACACACAUGAGACCGCCAAAGGAUUAAGAGUGAAGUUUAAGGAUGUUGAAUGCUUUAGAGAUUAUGUUAAGGCAGAAUACGGUGACUACUCUGAAGAGGGAAAAAAAGAUCACGAUUAUUUCAGUGUCUGGAAACCUAUUGAUGAGACAGAGUUAAAGAGAGAGAGAGAAAAACAACUAAACAACAAAAUAAGAACCGUGGAGAUUGAUGUAUACACAGAUAUGUAUGCAGAUGUGCUUGGAUUGAGGACGUUACAUAAUACAGAAAACAGCACAGAUGAUUUAGAGGAGCUUGAUCUUUCUUUCUUAGACCACGAUGAUGGUCUCGUCCAUAGAGAUAGUGGUCCUAGCCUCACUGCUAAGAUCCCAAACAUUACCCACCUUGGGGUAAAAUAUCCUGAAGUAAAGUUUGAUUCUGAUGACAAGAACUUGACAAGUAUGGUUGUCCAAAACACUAGUACAGAAGAGACAUUGCGGAACAACUCCAUAAUGCAUGACCCUAUAUCUAUGAAUUCUUCCACUAAUUUCAGUAACACUUGGUUUCUGCAAGACAAUGACAGAAACAUUACAUCAGUGGACAGUCACAAUAGAUCACCAGUGGCAAUGUCAUUGCUAUCAUCCCAUACCUCAGAGGGUGAUGGAGAGAAUGUGACAGAGAUAAAGACACAUACCAAGGAGUUAUCUGGGAUGAUUUCUGCGGUAGAUGAAGAAGAUGAUGACAGAUCAAGGGGCAUCUUUAGUUACAGUGUCCCUGCUCUUAACUCUCCCCUCAACAUUGCAGAGGAUCAAGACAUGGAAGACAUUGUGCUACUGGAAGGUAGUGAACCAUUGGAAAAUAUCACCUACUUGCAUUUAAAUGAACACAACAUCGUAACUACAGCACUUCCCAUCAAUACCACUCCAGAGCAGCUAAGUGUUACUACUCUAAAUAUAAUGAAUGAGGAGGUCCAAGUAUUAAAUACAACCAAAAUGAACUCAACAUUAUUGAGUAAGAUGGUUCGGAAAUUAAAUACCACCCAGGUAGACACAGAACAUUCCAGUAAGGAGGUUCAGGAACUCAAUAGCACCCAGUUAGACACAGAAUUCUCAAAUAAUGAUGUUCAGGAAUUCAAUUACACCCAAACAGACUUAGAGCUCGCCAGUGAAGAUCUUCAUGGAUUUAUUAUCAUGGAAGUAGACUCAGAAUUGUCGAAUAAGGAAGUCCAGGAACUUAGCAGCACCCAUCUGGGUGAGGGCACGGCCGUGGUGCUGGAGUCGGCCUCCAUCAUCAUCAUCGCUCUGCUCGUCUGCCUGGGGAAUCUGCUCGUCGUAGUGACGCUCUACAAGAAGCCCUACCUCCUGACGCCCAGCAACAAAUUUGUCUUCAGCCUGACGUUGUCCAACCUGCUGCUGUCGGUGCUGACACUGCCCUUUGUGGCAGUCAGUUCAGUGCAGAGGGAGUGGAUGUUUGGGGUGGUGUGGUGCAACUUCACGGCCCUGCUCUACCUGCUGGUCAGCUCAGCUAGCAUGCUUACAUUAGGAGCCAUAGCCAUUGACAGGUAUUAUGCUGUAUUAUAUCUGAUUUACCCCAUGAAGAUCACAGGAAACCGGGCCGUGGUGGCCAUUGUUUACGUCUGGCUUCACUCUUUGGUGGGCUGCCUGCCUCCACUCUUCGGGUGGUCGACGUUCGAGUUUGACCACUUCAAAUGGACCUGCACAGCAGCGUGGCAUCGGGAGAUUAGCUAUACGGCUUUCUGGGUCACCUGGUGCUGCUUGCUUCCCCUGGCAGCCAUGCUGGUGUGCUACGGGGUCAUCUUCCGUGUGGCUCGUAUCAAGGCGCGCAAGGUGUACUGCGGGAGUGUGGUGGUAUCCCGCGAAGAAGUCAGCUCGCAGAAGGGCAGCCGCAAGAACUCCAGUACCUCCACGUCGUCCAGCAGCAGUCGCAAGAGCCUCGUGCAGUCAGGAGGCCAGUGCAAGGCAUUCGUCACCAUCCUGGUGGUGAUGGGCACCUUCCUGGCCACCUGGGGGCCCUACGUGGCCGUGAUCGGGACAGAGGCGCUGUGUGGGAAGGACAGCGUUUCUCCACGGCUGGAGACGCUGGCGUCCUGGCUGUCAUUCACCAGCGCAGCCUGCCACCCACUCAUCUAUGGUCUGUGGAACAAGACGGUGCGCAAGGAACUGCUGGGUAUGUGCUUUGGGGACCGCUACUACCGGGAGUCGUUCGUCACGCGCCACAGGACGUCACGACUCUUCAGCAUCUCCAAUCGGAUCACAGACCUAGGAAUGUCCCCUCACCUCACGGCCAUGCUGGUGGGUGGAGCUCAACUUUUGGGGCCCAGCAGCAGCACAUGUGACACAGGGUUCAGCUACACUCAGGACUCUGCCACAGAUGUCAUGCUGCUGGAUAACUACUCCUCAGACCUUUCUCAUUCCACACACUACAGUGGCAUUAAGAGAAGAAGCUCUGUUACAUUUGAGGACCAAGUGGACCAGCCUUGCAAAGGAGGCCUGGCAUUGGUGCAAGUCACGGCAGAUGUGCACAAGUCUCUGGACAGCUUUGCAGCUGGCUUGGCGAAAGCAAUUGAGAGCGAUGCCAAGCUGCAUCUCUUCGGGGAGAAAACUCUGAUCCCCAGCAACCUACUGAGCGCACGCCACCCACAGCGAGGACCACGCUAUCUGGACGGACAGAGGCUCAGGAUGGAAAGCAUCGACGAAGGAAUAGUGAGGGAUAAUGAGCAGGAAGAUGAAGAAAGCUUCAAUGAUAUCUCUGCAUAGUUUCCUCAUCUGCUGCACCUAAAGCACAGGAUGGGACUCCGCACUGUGCUGACGUCUGCCUGUUGUGGUACACAGUGUACCCAGGAGAUCAUAUACAUUUAUAUAUGCUGUUUGCCGUAUAUAAUUGGCGAACUACAUGGUGUCUUUUGCGUGUUUUACAGAUUCAGAUGAACUACGGUGUGAAUUAACUAUCAUCUCUGGUGUGGAGAGGCUACCUUUUUUGGUUGGGGGGGGAUGACCAAACAGAAAUGUGUGAUGGGGAAAAUGUUCCAUAAGAAAAAUGAGUUUGUUGCUUUCCCUCAGCUAAAGUAUGCUUUUGUACAAUAUAGUGGUAUUGUAACAAGAAAAGAAACUUGAUAUAUGUUUGGUUCUAUGCUCAUGUGCCUAGUUAUUUGUUUUCUAAGGCAGCCAUAACCACUAUAUUUAGUAGCUUAUCUUAAUGGACUAGUGCACAUGCUGUAUGUACUUGUCCUUGAUCAUCUUUGUAUAAAGAUCCUGAAAUGUGCUUUUUAAUUUUUUUUUUUUUUUUUUACAUGCAGACAUAUUACAGAUACCAUUACUUCCAUUGUAAAAAGCAGCCAUGAUGCAAUUAACUGUAUUAACAUCUGUUAUUUAUAAGAUAAUGUAGUUAAAAUACUUGACUCAUACUCUUCUGAAUAGGGUUGUUCUGCCUAUAGAUCUUGUGAUGCCUUAGUUUGUACAUGGCUUGUUACUAUGCAUAACAAAUUUCAUUAACAGUAUUGGAAUGCAGGAAAAGCAGUGUCUUUCAAUUGCACUUGAAAACGGUACAUGACAUCUGAAGUUCGGUACUUUUUUUCUAUUGCUCUUUUGUAGCUGAUUACCAAUGCUGUUUGUCUUAACUGCAUCUUGAGAAAAGAGCAGUGUGGUAUGCAUUCCUGUGGAAUGUUUGGAGAAAAUGCAUUAUGCAUUUUUAUACCAAUCAGUGUUCAUGUGCUAUACAUUUAUCAUGAUAAAGCAAUGCCAUAUAGAUUGGGAAUUUCUUGCAAUGAUUUAUUGUGAUCAAAAAGAACAUUUUGAUUAUCGAUUUCAAAUUGUGUCAUUAAAUCCUUUAAAAGGUUCUUUUAAAAAUGCAUUUAGUGUCCAUAUUUAUCACAGCACAUUCAAUACCAUAAAUAUUCAUUUUCUCCGUUACACUUUUGUUUCUUUCAAAUGCAACUAAAACUCAUGAUUGCGGACCUGGUGGAUGAACGGGGCAGCUUGCAUUUCUAAAUGGUGUGAAAUGACGUGUACAAAGCGCCACAGGGGAUGGGGGGAGGGAGGAUGAGCUGUAGCCUGCCUCUCUAUAAUCAACGUCCACUUAGCACAGCACUCUGGCCAGCAGCUGCCAAAACAUACACCGUCUGUCCUGUUAGCCGACAGCCGAAGCAAGCCGUGAUCUACCAGCCAUUAGUAAGAACGGUUUGAGUAGACAGCUGCUGUUGAUCAAAUUCACAAAACUGACACAUCUGCCCACUCACAUUGCACUCUGCACAUUCAGUCCACUGUAAUACAGCUAUGUCUGGAUCCCUCAGUAGGGCACACUGAUAUGAAACCUCACUAACUGCUGAUCCUGAUCUGGAGGGGGUGGCUGGCAUUUGAGUCCAUCAAGCAGGUUUCGUGGAAGAGCAAAAAGGAAUCAUAGAAAGCCUGUCUGCCUUUACACAAACUGCACACUGACUAGAAGGAAAACUAGAUUUUCAACAACAAAAACAAAGCAUGAUUUCAUGUCUGACAUGCAUGCAACUGCAGGUAUACAACAUUUGAAUUCUUUUCCUGAUACAAUGCUACAAUAAAAAGAACCAAACCUAACAAUGACCAAAGCUCAAUCAUGUGCGCAACAAAAAUAUUGCACUUAAAUAUUCUCAGACCUGUCACCUACACUCCUCUUCUCAUGUGCGCAUUGCCCUUGUUUGCUUUUUAUUCGUUUUCACAGACGUUUAAUCUCAUUUGGGGUGAUCAGUAGGAAAGUCAUCUUUAAAAAAAGAAUACUAAAAAUUGAUCUAACAAGGGAGUAUUCUAUAUAAUUGCCUGUACAAAUCUCAAAUAUUUGACUGUUUCAAAACAAAGAAACAGCUUGUUUAAAAAAAAAAAAAAA